AUGUUUCUGAUUUUCUGCACACAACGAUAUGCGCAAUGGUCGAUGAAGAGCGAAGAAGCCGAUAGAAGCAGUUGCGAAUUGACAAAGCCUCGCAUCACCCUGACUGACAAUUGUCGGAUCCUGUUGCCAGAUCGUGUCAAUGAGCGGUUGGCGCCCCAAAACGGAACACGACAACCUUUGUGGAACAAAAAUGCAACGAGAAAAGAAAAAUACGUGACCCGUCGGCCUCCGCUGUCCGUGCCAAGCGACAUCCAGAGGAAACCACCACCGCCGGUGGGCGGCGAGCUCAAGUUUCUCAGUCACUACAGCGCACAGCAGAUUCAGUCGGGUUGCAUUGGUUUGCAACGGCCGGCGACUGUUCCGUGA